AUUAAACAAGCGUAUUGCACUCAUAGGACUGCGGCAAACAUGUCUGCAGCAGAUCAGGUGCGGGCGAUGCUCGACGAGCUCAUGGGUACUAAUCGAGAUGGUGUAAUAAAGAGGGAACAGCAAAUUCUUUUUGACGAUCCAAGAGUUUGUAAGAGCUUUCUUCUGGGUUGCUGUCCUCACGACAUUUUAGCGAGCACAAGAGCUGAUUUGGGUGACUGUAGAAAAAUUCAUGAUUUGGGACUUCGUGCGGAUUAUGAGCAAGCAGCCAAGAGGAAAGAUCACUUUUAUGAUGUUGAAGCGGCUGAACAACUUCAAGCUUUCAUCAAUGACUGUGACAGGAAAAUAGAAGUAGCAAAAAAAAAAUUGAAGGAGACGCAGCAAGAACUUGGGGAAGAUGCUCUCGCAAAAGGGGAUGAUAUUCAUGCACUCGGUGAACAAAUUGGAACAAAACUCGCUAAAGCUGAAGAGUUGGGCGCCGAGGGACGAGUAGAGGAAUCUCUAGCCCUUAUGGAGGAAGUAGAAAAUCUGAAAAAGAGGAAAGCUGAUUCGGAAGUUGAAUAUCGCAAUGCUAUACCGGCCUCUUGUUACCAACAACAAAAACUUCGUGUUUGUGAAGUGUGUGCAGCCUAUUUGGGUAUUCAUGAUAAUGAUAGACGAUUAGCUGAUCAUUUUGGUGGAAAGUUGCACCUGGGGUUUAUUGAGAUUCGACAGAAAUUAGACGAUUUUAGCCAAAAUCUAAUGGAGCGUAGAUUAGAAAAAGAAAAAGCCAGAAGCAGUCGACGCGAUGAUCGACGAGAUAGGAGGUCACGUAGCAGAAGCCGUGAACAGUAUCGAGACAAAAGACGCAGCCGGAGUAGGGACCGACACCGUAGAAAGCAUAGAAGUCGUUCUAAGAGCAGAGACAGAAAGCGCAAGUCAAAGGACAAGCGCAAGCGGUCAAGAUCAAGGAGCAGGUCUAAUUCUCGCUAAUUAGAUAAAGAAAAGGGUUAUUUUGUAAUGGAAAGCUUCUUUUUUUUGAAUUUUUAUGUUGUGAUGUAAAAGUUUCGGAAUGAGAAAGAAUAAAGUUAUUCUGAAAAAUUUACAUUAUUCUUAUUAAUGUUUACCCCCUUUUCAUUAGAAUAGUCAAAUAUUUCUUUUAUAAAAUAAACAAGUA